AAAAGAAAAAUAAUUUUAGCAAUCUUCUGGUAUCCGCCUUCGUGGAUCUAAAGAGGAAGAAGAAGAGGAAGCGGAGAUGGCUCAAUCAAUGGCGAGAUCAAGCCUCAGGAAUCUCAAUUCUCUUCGUGGAACGAUUUUUCGCCGCUCGUCUCCUAAGAAUGCCAAUCGGAAGUUCUCUUCCUCCGCCCUUCACGACGAUGACCACGAAACGCGUAAAUGGGAGAGGAUAACGUAUGCCGGCAUCGUGGCAUGCACUGCUCUCGCCUUCUACAACUUGUCCAAGGGCCACCCGCACUUUGACCCACCUCCGCCAUAUGAAUACCUGCACAUUCGAAAUAAGGAGUUUCCAUGGGGUCCUGAUGGCCUUUUUGAGAAGAAGCAUCAUUGAUAUCCUUGGCUCUUAAACAGCCUUGCCUGGUUGGACGAGAAUUUCACUCCUUGAAAUAUUUCUUUUGUGAUAAAACAAGAAAAAUAAGUUUUUGAUUGUUAUGCAACUUUUGUGUGGACCAUGACUUCGCAAUCAAAGACCAGCUUGUUGGUUCCGAAACAGGUUACUUUGAUCUCCAUGUUAAUAAACAUUAAACCUUCUUUUCUUUCA